UUCUCUUUUUCUGAACCACACAUAUAGUGAAGUUCAUACCUUUUUAUGUGAGAGAUAAAAGGAAAUACCAAAAAACCAUUUUAUCCAAACACACACAAAACUCUCAUCUCAUCAUAACAAUCAUGAAAACCAUCGAUUUCUUCUGCGCUUCCCAAGCCUCCACCGCCGUCGACCAACCUUCAUCUUCCCCCGCCGGAAGAUUCAUCGACCGCCACAACCCCAUCAUCGCUGACGCCAGACGAUCAAACGUCACUUCUAGAACAACUAAUUUCCCCAACCCUCCAUGUUCCUCCCAAUACUCCCCCAUUAAUCCUCUCCCUUACCAUCAACUCCAUGCCGCCGCCGCCGCCGCCUCCCCUAAUGUCGCCGGGGACCAGAUCCGGCCGUCCGGCGUCUCCGGAAAUCAUAAGGAUUUGAAGAUGAAGAAGAAGAAGAAGAAGAGUUCAUCCAUUAUUACAACUGACUUUGUAAGGUGGAGCUGUGCAAAGCCCAGUGAUUUGGCUACGCCUCCUGGGUCGAUGCGAUACCUUUUGAACGACAAGUCGGUUCCUGAUGGUUCCAUGGAUCGGAUUCCCACGCCUAUCCCAAUUAACAAAAACCAACCUUCAUCUAACCCACAAGAUCCACACCAUUCUAAACCAACGCCCCAGAUUUCUUCCCAGGACGACUCCAAUAAAUCUCCACCUUCCAAUCAGGUUGUUGUUUUGAGGGUAUCAUUGCAUUGCAGAGGCUGUGAAGGAAAACUUAGGAAACAUCUCUCCAAAAUGGAAGGAGUGAACUCAUUCAACAUAGAUUUUGCGGCAAAAAAGGUGACGAUAAUGGGAAAUAUAACGCCACAGGGUAUGUUGGAAAGUGUAUCGAAGGUUAAAAAUGCCCAAUUUUGGCCAUAUGCAGACCCAACUCCAACUCCAACUCCAAACCCUAAUCUUAAUCAAAAUCAUCACCCAAAUGUAUUGAAAAAAACCUAAUAAAAAUUUUCUUUUCUAGCUUUUUUUUUUUUUAAUUCUUCUAAAAAUAUUAAACGUAUGUUUAUUGUGACAGUUUGAUUAUUAUUAUAUAUGAAAAUGUUAUUUACUUGAAAAUCUAAAAACAAAAUCAUUACGAAACCAAUAAUAUGGUGAAUAAUGUAUAUUGUUUGAGUAGAAAGAAUCAUUUGAGUGAGUUUGUUGGUUGGUUUUGUUUAAAAGCUUAGAUUAGAAAUUUAUGAAUUAGGAAAUAAAAACCCCAUUGUUAAAAGGGGAUAACUUAAAUAUGUUUUAUUGGAAUUUUAA